GUUUCUCUCAAUUUUUCCAAUCAUCUGAUUUUUUACUCUCUCUUCAAUGCAUGAUCUUCGAUCUUGUGGUAUUGUUGAGGGCUGAACUUUUUAUUUUGUAUCCCCUGAAAUCUAAAUCUUGAUCAGAAAAGAAGAAUGCUGGAAGCGGUGGAUAGCUCAGGAUCGCAGCAUAUACAGAGCUUUUGUUGCGGCGAGAGCAGUAGCGAAGAGGAGCUAGCGGUUUUGCCACGUCAUACGAAAGUGGUGGUGAUCGGAAACAACCGUACGAAGUCGGUGCUUGUUGGUCUUCAAGGUGUUGUCUUAAAAGCUGUCGGUCUUGGUGGUUGGCAUUGGCUGGUAUUGACAAAUGGGAUAGAAGUAAAGUUGCAGAGGAAUGCGCUUAGUGUCAUUGAAGCUCCCACUGGAAACGAAGAUGACGAUGAUCUUGAUUUAGAUAACACUCAGAGGAAUGGUUCUGACAUGAUUUUUUCUUUUCCAGCAUCUGAGGACACACUUAAGCCUCAUAAGUCGAAGCAAAAAAGGCAGAGAUCAUCUCGGUCAUCUCACAAGACCAUGAGCUGGUCUCUAUCAUCUGACUCACAAUUCAAAAGCUCUGGUUUCACUCCUCAAAACAUGAAGGUUGAUCUUAGUAAACUAGAAAUGCCUGCUUUACUGAAAUAUUGGCGACACUUCAAUCUCGUGGAUGCAAUUCCAAAUCCAUCAAAGGAACAACUAAUUGACAUUGUCCAGAGACACUUUAUGUCUCAGCAAAUGGAUGAGCUUCAAGUUAUUAUGGGGUUUGUCCAAGCAGCAAAGAGAAUGAAGAAAGCGUGCAAGUUGCAAUCAAAAGAAGCCAGAAACAUUGAUUUUAACUGCAUCAGCUAAAAGAAAAGCCCUGACUUAUAACAGAUCAUGUAAGUAAGGUACUGCCAACUUGUUUAACCAUAUGUGACUUUGCUGCUAGUUUUUGUUCUUUCUGAAGACUUUUGGCUAAAAAGUAGAAUGUUGUUUCUUAUUGCUUCGGUUGUUUAGCCAUGUAAUUAUCCAUCAAGAAACUAAAUGACCCUGAAACCAAGAAACAUGACUCUCUGAAGCUCCCAAUUGAAACAAUAUGUUCU